AUGGCUGACGAGCGACCCACUGGAUUGAAGGCCAACAAGGGCAUCGAGUUGUUGACUUUUGGCACACCCAAUGGCUGGAAAGCUUCGAUCCUCCUGGAGGAAUUGAAGGAAGCGUAUGGGAAGGAUUAUACCUUCCAGAGCAUCAACAUUAGCCAGAACAUCCAGAAGGAGCCGUGGUUCACCACACUCGGUCCUAAUGGCCGCAUCCCAGUCAUUGUAGACCACGACCAAGGCGGUUUCGCCGUACAAGAGGGUGCUGGUAAGUUUCAAGCCAGCAAUUCGAUUCCGACAAAGGCCGAACUUCUAAUAGACCACCCUUUGUAG